AUGGACCCCUCGUUCCCCUCCUCCCUCGCCGCCCUCCACUUUCCCUCCUCCGAGCAGCAAUCCAUCAGCCAGACGCUGACGGCGCUGCGCCGCUCCGCCCUGACCGUGACCAACCGGCUGACCAGCAUCGCGACGGACGCGCAGUUCGUGGCCGAGGUGCGCGACCACUACGCCCUCCCGUUGAUCGCCAACGAGCGGUGCGGCAGCUGGUAUAUCGCGCCGCGCGACAAGACGGGCAGCGUGUACUUCAAGAGCACGGACGGACACACCGGGGUGUGGGAUUUCAGCUCGCGUAGACUCAAUCUGCAGGUGUUGGGGGUCGCGGGGCAAUAUGGUGUUCUGGUGCAGAUGGAUGCUAAGAUCUUCCGGGGGGAGGGUUAUAGAUGCAUAAUCGUAGAUUCGACGCGGCGGGGUAAAUUAAUGCCGGACGCCCUGUCGAAAACAAUCCCCAUCUGGACGGCCGUGCUCAACCGCGCCCUCUUCCCCGACGCCCAAGCCUACCACCCCGUGCAAUUCCCCCCGAACUUCCUGCCGGCCUCGGAAGAAUCCCAGAUCGAGCGGCGGAUCGACGGCUUCGUUAGGGACUUGCUGAACCUAAACCUCUCCCUCCCCACCCUCCGCACCCAACUCGCCCGCCCCAUCCGUCUCGCCUGGGCCAACAGAGCCUACUUCCACCCGACCACGCUCACUGCCUCCCCGGACGGCGAAUACAACCUCUUCGUGCUGUGCUCGGCCUCGAAGCGCGUGCACGGCGCCGAGAUCUCCGCCGGCGGGUACAUCCAGGGCGCCGGGGACGACAGCGAGAGCUGGGCGCUGGGGCUCACGCCCCCGCUGUUCUGGGCGCACAAGGACGAGCUAUUGCGGCGGAAUGAGGAGGACAUUCCCGGGUUGAUUGCGGAGUUGCUGGCGCGGGAGAAGGAGGGGAGAUCUCCUCCCGGUGGGCACGAGCAGGGGGCGGAAGGGAAGGCGGUGCGGAUUGCUCCCACGAGGAAUCUGUUUCUGGGGCGAGCGGGGGAUUUUGCAGACACAAAGGGUGGGGUGGGGUUCGAUCUGGUGGUGGAUUGUAAUGCCAAACCCGUCCAGUCUGACGCUCCGGCUGACGAGGAGACGACGGCUGCGCAAGGCAGGAGGCUGGAUCUGGGCUGCGGACCGGCGAAAUUGGGCAGUCGAGAUCUGCGCAAGAACCUCGACCGCGUGCGGGAGUUCGUCAGGGAGCAUCUGUUGCACAACCCGGAGGCGUCGGUGCUGGUCGUGUGCGAGUCGGGCCGGGAUCUGUCGGUUGGCGCGUUGUUGGCGAUUCUGUGUUUGUUUUAUGAUGACGAGGGAAACUUCACCCCCACCGAGAGGAAGAGUAUCGGCAAGCAGUUCAUUCGGCAGCGGUUGGCCUGGAUCACCCUGUGCAAGCCGGAUGCGAACCCCUCGCGCUCGACCUUGCAGUCGGUUAAUGCGUUCUUGAUGGAGAGGCCGGAUUAUUGA